CCACCUGGUGACUGUGUGUGGGAGUACAUAAGGACACCCCUGUGCUCCUUGCCAUUCUCUAGAGUUCAGCUCAGUCACAAACGCCUUCAGCUUCAGCCAUGGCACCCAAAACCGCCAAGAAGGCAACAGGCGAGGGAGCCAACGUCUUCUCCAUGUUCGAGCAGGCCCAGAUCGAGGAGUUUAAGGAGGCUUUCUCCAUCAUGGACCAGAACAGAGAUGGACUCAUAGACAAGAACGACCUGAGAGAGACCUUCUCUGCCCUGGGUCGUAUGAAUGUGAAGCAGGAAGAGAUCGAUGAGAUGCUGAAGGAGGCACCAGGCCCAAUAAACUUCACUGUGUUUCUGACCAUGUUUGGAGAGAAGCUGAGAGGCGCUGACCCAGAGGACACCAUCCUGAGUGCCUUCAGAGUGUUUGACCCUGAGGGGACGGGCAUUCUGAAGAAGGAGUUUAUCACUGAGAUACUCACCACUCAGGCAGAGAGGUUCUCCCCUGUCGAGAUGGAGCAGAUGUUCACCGCCUUCCCUCCAGAUGUGGCUGGUAACCUUGACUACAAGAACCUGGUCUAUAUCAUCACGCACGGAGAUGAAAAAGACCAGGAGUAA